CAAAAUUAUUACACCGAAGAAUGUGCUAAGAAAGAAAAUUAUAACAUAAAUUCUAUUAUAUAUUUUUAAAUUGUAUCAAAAUGACAAAUAAAGAAUUAUUGCAAGAAUAUUCUGAAUCUAUAAAGAGACUUAAAAAGGAGAGUGCUGAUAUAGGCAUAAAUGAUGAUGAAUUUCGAAAAAUGUAUUUUGAUAGUCUAAAUGAUUUAGAUGAAAACUUACAAUUAAACCGACGCCAAAUUUUUUUUAAAAAGUACAUAUUUCUUAUAAUUUUUGUUAUAAUAAUAUUAUUUGCCACAUACAACUUCAAGUCUAUAUAUAGUUACAUAAUAUGCAACAUACAAGAAUAUAUUUACCCAGGACUAAGGUUAUUAAGAAAAAUUUCUAUUCCAUUCCUGUCAUUAUUUCCUGCAGUAACUGAUUUAUACCAAGAAACAUGUUUGAUACAGAAUCCAUUUUUCACUGUUGUGGACAUGGAUUGCUGGCCUUGUAGUACAGUAAACAACAUAGGUGAAUUUUUCAAUCCACAACCAAUCCAUAAACAGCAGACUGCCCCUUUUAUUUAUAAGACUGAUCAGCCACAGAUUGAUGUGAAUAAAUUGAAAACCUUAUAUUUAAAAAAUAAAGAUAUAUUUAAUAAGGAAAGUUCAAAAGUUCUUACAAAUAAUAAGUAUUAUGAAACACCUGAAGACAUUUUUGACUCAGAUAUAUUAAAAGAAAAUCUUUAUAUUUGGAAAUUCAAUAACUUCAAUGUUGCAAGGAUACUACGCCAGAUCAUUGAAAGGCCAAAAAUUGUUCCAAAGUUUGGUCAAAGCACUGAGAGAUUUAUCAUAAUAGAUUCUAAACAUGAAACAUUUCACAUACCAGAUACAGAAUGUAACUUUGCUUUUCUACUCGUUCUAAGUGGUACAAGAAUUAUUAAUUUACAACCAGCAGAAGAAUGCAAACAUCAGUGUAAAUCCUUCAAAAUGGAAUUAAAGAAAUCAUAUCUAUUGUGGUACAACUGGUGGUAUUGGAGACCAUCAGUCCAACUGACACGAGGCAAUGAAACGUUUAUUGCACAUGUUGGCUCAUAUUGUUAAUUAUUUUUAAAA